AUGGCUAUGGCAACAGCGAAAAUUAAACGAAUUUUGAAUUUUACGGGUUCAUUUGUUGCAGUAAUUGGGUCGUUGGUGGUUCUGAUCUUUCUACUCUUGACGUUUCCUGUAAAUCUGGUGCCGAAUAUUUCAACAACACAAAAAAAGGCGCGGCAUAAUUAUGACGAAUAUGAACAAGAUACCAUCGACUUCUGCACAAUCCUUUUCACCGGAAUAACAUCACACCUCACCAUUUACUGGAGCAUCUUCUACAAACAACCACGAAACACAAUCACCUAUUUUCAAGAUGGAAUCGCGUCCACACCAGCAACGCUUUUCAACAAAUUGCUUUCAUUCUACUGUCUCGCCACAUUCUACGCGAUACUGACAAGCUUUUUUGUCGAUCAUUCGAAAUGGUUUGCAGCGGUCGGAAUAUUUCAUAAUAGCUUGGAGUUUGCGAUUGUAUUGGUGAUGAAGGAUGGCGGACGAAUAAAGACGAAUUUGUUUUUCGUGUUUUUGUGGAUGCAUUCUUGGGUGGUAUUAUCUUUUGUAACUUUUUUGAAAUGGCCUUGGGAUGCCGUUUUGUUUAAAGGACAAGAAAUGAUUUUGGAUUCAAUGUUACUAAUAAUGUUCAUCAGAAUAUUACACAAAUCGUCAAAAAAGCAGAAAGAAGCCUUCAAAUCAAAUGAACUCCCGCGAACAGUUUCUCCAACGAUGAGUGAUAUUUUAAAAGUUAGAGAUAUAUCACCAUCAGCUUCAUCGCAAUCGCCGCCAUCACCACUUUUUCCAACGACACUUGAGCAUCCAAAACAACUAUGGAUACUGAUCUUGUCUUCGAUGCUGCAUCUUUUUGGGAAUUCAGCUGUGGUGGUGUUUUCUGAUCUGGGACCGGUGUAA